CUCCACGGGAAGAAGUUAUUCUAGCCGUCACCCAUUUUUUCAUCUAGGAAGGAAUAUUUAUUCACCCGAGCCCGUUAACGUGAUUUGAGUCUGUUGAACAGCCCCCACUAUGGCUGUGAACCCGAAUGCUAGGAUCGUGGUCGUAGGGUGCGGGAUGUCGGGCGUGGCGGCGGCGCACCGCCUCGUGCGCGCUGGGUUUCACCAGGUGCGCGUUGUGGAAGCGGCAGCGAGAAGCGGCGGAAGAGUCCGGACUGGCAAACUGGGGGAUAAUAUUGUUGAAAUAGGAGCAAACUGGAUCCAUGGACCCUGCGAGGAGAACCCUGUGUUUUGUCUGGCCCGUAAGUACAGGCUCCUGGACCCCAAGGCCCUCAACCCAGAGAACCAGGCCAUGGACGUCGGAGGACAUCCCCCUUAUGUCCCCAACGUUUUCUGCAGUUCAGGUCGGAAGCUGAAUGCUGAAGACAUUCAUUGUGCUCAGGAACUGUUUGCUGAGUUGUUGGAUGAAAGUUCAAAAUUUGCAAGUCAAGGAGGAGAACCCUGGGCCUCUGUGGGAGAUUUCAUCCGAUCACAGGUUCAGCAGCGAGCAGCAGAGAAGUGGAAAGGUGUUGAUGCAGCCACCAGAUCUCUGCGCCUGUGUAUGAUCAGCAACAUGUUGAAGUUGGAGUGCUCCAUUAAUGGGGCUCACAGCAUGGAUGAGGUGGGCCUUGGGGCCUAUGGCCUAUAUAAAACUCUUCCCGGACUGGACUGUACAUUCCCUGGUGGCUAUGAAGGUGUGGUCCAGAACCUGAUGGCGGAGUUACCCAGCGGUAUAGUGGCCUACAAUCAGCCUGUUCGCUGUGUUCACUGGAACAACACGGAGAAGAGAGAAAACCCUGUGAUGAUCGAGUGUGAUGAGGAGUCGAUCGCUGCUGAUCAUGUUAUCGUCACGGUGCCUCUAGGAUACCUAAAGAAGCACCAUUCCACUCUGUUCCAUCCACCUCUCCCUCUACACAAGCUGCACUCCGUUCAGAGACUCGGUUUUGGAACAAACAAUAAAAUAUUUGUGGAAUUUGAUUCGCCGUGGUGGGAUGCUGACUGUGAGGUCAUCUAUCCUGUGUGGGAAGAUGAGGCUGACAUGGUGGAUCAGGUGACAGAUAUCCCAAGAUCCUGGAUAAAGAAGCUGUGUGCCUUCACUGUGCUCAAACCCACUGAAAGGUACGGCCACGUUAUGUGUGGUUGGAUCGCUGGACAUGAAUCAGAGUAUAUGGAGACGCUGUCUGAACAAGAGGUCACACUCACCGUCACACAACUCAUCCGCAGAUUUACAGGAAACCCUACCGUCACCCCAAAGAGGGUCAUGCGCUCCCAGUGGUUCCACGACCCCUGGACGUGUGGAUCUUACAGUUACCCAGCGAUAGGCUGUUCGGCACAGGACCUGGAGAACCUGAUGGAGCCGCUCCCAGCAGAGGGAUCACCGUCACAACCCCUGCAGGUGUUGUUUGCUGGAGAGGCCACUCAUCCAAACUACUACUCCACCGUCCAUGGGGCUCUUCUCAGUGGGUGGAGAGAGGCUGACAGACUCAUCUCUCACUACUCCUCCAUCAGUCCACCUGAGCGGCUGAAGUCAAAUCUUUGAAAUAUUGAUUACAUCUUUGGCUAAAAUCGACAUGUUUUUCAAACUGAGUUGAUUUUAAGGAUUGUGGAGAGCUGCUGUUUAUAUAAAGCGGUUCCCAGGCCAGAGAAGUGACAUACUGCUGGUCUUGUGUUGUUCACUGGUGUGGACAAUGGAAGCAAUGGACACAGUAAGGAAAUUGUUAUAUACGUUAAGGAUUUUUAAUUCCUGAAGAAAUCAAAUCAACUUUAAAAAUCAAACAACUGUUGGAAUCAGAAAUUAUUUUAGAUUAAAAAAAAAUGAUUUUAGGAUUAGUUGAUUUCUGCAGUUGUGACCUUUUUUCUUUGCUGAUUUUUUUUUCAUUGAAUGUAACAUCAGAUUAUAUUGUUUUAAUAUAAAAAUGUUAAUAAAC